AAUGCACCUCGCUCCUGCUCUUGCGUUCAGGGUCCCUACUCUGUUUUUGCUUUGUGCGAGGAUGGUAUAUGUGAUGGAUCAAUGUUUGCCCGUUGUUUCUGGUUAAAAGUAUCCGGCAUUUGACGGCUUUAAUGUCCCGUGCGGCUUACAGAAAAAGAAUAAGCAAAACAGGAACCGGCUGGCACUUUCGCCGGACAAUGGACGAACUGGUCCAUGACCUGGUGUCAGCACUGGAGGAAAGCUCAGAGCAAGCUGCACGCGGUGGCUUUGGUGACGGAGGAGACCAUGCGCUGGCUGUGGGCUGUUUGCUUAAGAGACAGGCCCGAAAACGACGAGGCAGGAAACGGCGAUCAGACAACCCGCACCCGCCAUGGGAGACAGGACACCUUAGUGAGGGUUCUGAGUCCAGUGUGGAGGAGCACAAGGAUUAUCGUGCUGGAACCGGUGGCGUCUCCAACAACCACGGCCGGGAUAACAGCGACUCAGAUGAGCAGCUUGGCCCUAAACGUCGGACUCCCCUGUCAUCUGAAAUAGGCAGAGGCAAACGGCCUCUCUGGCCAGAUGACCUUGGUGUGAUAGGCUCUGCAGAGGGUACUCGCAGCCUUAGACGGAGGCGUAAGGUCAAGCGCAUGGCAGUGGACCCUCCAGCUGAACCAGAGCCCCCUGUCUCCACCAUGCUGGGGCCCCCACCUGUCCCCAAAGCCCGACCUGGCGGUAGACUGACUAGACUGUGCUCCGGGGAGAGCAGAAAUGCUAUGGAACUUUGCGGAGGGAGCACGGUCGGCCCUGUUGGGGGAAAGAGCAGGAUCAAGAAGAGGAAACUGGCUACACACAGGCUGGGUAUGGAAGCUGCGGAUGAAGGAGUGGUGGUGGAAAGUGAGGAGCCCAUAUCCUCUCCAACAGAGGGUGCCAAGGACAAGAUGGAGCUAGAGGAGCCAAAGGCCUCAGAUGAGGAAAUGAGUGACAGGUGUGAAACUAGCAGUGUGAGUAAUAGCAGCGAUGGAGGUCUCUACACCAAUGAUGAGGGGAGGCAAGGCGAUGACGAACAGAGCGACUGGUUCUACGAAGGAGAGCCGGGUUCAUCUGCAGGACCAGGAGGAGCGUGCGGAAUAGCAGGUGUCAUCCCGUGGUGGGAGAAGGAGACUGGCUCUGAGGAUCUGGAUCUGGCUGACCCUGUGUUCAACAGCAUUCUCACUGGAUCCUUCCCCCUCAUGAGCCACGGUUCACGCAGAGGGUUUCAGGCCCGACUGAGUCGUGUCCAGGGACAUCAGUCAGCCUCUCAGGGCGGGUUGCAGGGCAGCUCCAGUCAAGGCUUUAACGAUAGACUGGGUCGACAAAACCAGGACGACCCGUGGUUCAGUUCUGGUACUAGACUAGAACAUGCACAGUUGCACUGGGACUCUCGGUCGGACAGAGGACACCGGAGAAGCUGCUCAGCCAAAACAGCCAAUAGACAAACUAGCGGUCACCUCGGCUCACUGUGUACAGGGGACGUCAAGCGUAGACGAAAAGCUGCCCCCCUCGGUUCUGCCGCACCCUCAGUGGUUGGAGAGAACGCCCCUCCCAUCCCUGAGAGCAACAUGGGGAGCCGAAUGCUGCAGAGCAUGGGAUGGAGUCCGGGAAUGGGCCUGGGCCCUGAGGGGAGAGGCAUCACCGAGCCCGUCCGGGCCACGCAGAGACCGAAGGGCACCGGUUUAGGUUUUAACUAAAGACUCAGGACUCUGAUUCUGAAGGUUCCAUUCUAGCAGAUUCAACAGUGGCGCUGAGGGACAUGAGGAACGGCUCUCCCAUAUUGGGAAGGAAUCCCUCGGUGUUCUUCAUAAGACGCGCUACGAACUGAAGUGGAGCAAAGAUUGUUUUUCUGCUCGUCGUUGGCGCUCUCAGCUGGCAUGCAGCCCCUUUACCUCAGACAUCAACAGCUCUCCUGUUGACCACCUGCCAACGACGAGACGACGGUUCAUGAAUGACUGAUGAUUUUGUUAUAUUGCACAAGAGCGCGGGGGCGAGGAAGAGGCUGUACCUCAAGAUUUUAAUUCGAUUCCUCUCAAAUGCAAGUGAAGGUGCACUGUGUUCUCAUGACGCUGGAUCCUUCUGUCAGAAAAGCCACAGGAUGUUUUUUUGUUCUCGAGUUUAUCAACUAGAAAUAUGAAAGACAAGGGCGACCCCUUUAUUGAGACACUGGUGGGUUAGCUAUGCUUUUUAGUUUGAGUGUACUACAUUAUCUAGACGGAUGUUUCACUGCUGUCACUUUACCUGUUGUUUCAUUGAGGGCUCUCUUCAGAGAGAAACAUUAAAACUAUUUGCAGCUGAAUCAA